AUGAAGGUAGCGACUUCUACUCAACAACCGAGGACGGCAAACGAGCAAACUGAUUACCUGAUGGUAAGCAAUCAGUGCCGCCCAUGGACGUUGGAUGUGCGUUGCCAGCCUUUUAGAGAUAAGGGGAUGGGGCGAGGGAAGGAUAAGGCCUCUGGUAACCUCACGCACUCGGCGAAACACAAUGCUGAGGACAUAGAACAAACAUCAAUCCGCUUAGGAGUAUCACCAACAAAUCAAUUGCUGUCAAGAUGGGGCCAACUGAACCAUAGAGUAGAGGAACUUUUUAUUUUGCUAUACAAAAUGAAGCAUAUUCCCGCACUCAACUGUCUUAAACCUGUUGUCAGUACUGACUUCCACAGAUUGUUAAAUAAACAUAGAUCUAAGGAAAAGAAAACUGCACUUAUUAAUGACCAUACAAAUAAGAAGACUUCAAUAAAGACUGAUGGAUCUAUACCGUUACCUGUAAUGCUGAUCGAAAAUGGUGAACAAUUGCCUACAACAAGUCGGAUACAAAAUGGCUACUCUCCGUCGCCGAACUACGAGACAAGUAUAGAUAGCAGUAGGACAUCAUCAUCACAAGGCGACAAGCUGAAUGAAGACAACGAGUUCUUGAAGAAUGUAUCAGCUAUUCCCAAGAUGAGCUAUGAAGAUUUGAAGGAAGCUACCAAUAACUGGUCUGAAAGCAAUCUCCUAGGACGGGGAGGUUUCGGUCAGGUGUUCAAAGGUGAAUGGAAGCACUUGCCGGUGGCGGUGAAGCGACUCCUUGACAACAACGAUCACAACAAGGAACUCAUCCGAGAGAUGUGUCUCAACCAGUACAGACACGACAACAUACUGCCUCUGUAUGGAUACUCGCUUGGAGGUCCUGAAGCUUGCCUAGUGUACCAGUUAAUGGGCGGUGGAUCGCUAGAACAGCGGCUGAGAAUGAAAACACACCACCCGCCUCUUACCUGGACACAACGAUACAACAUCGCACAUGGCGUUGCCAGAGGUCUACAAUUCUUACAUACAAUGGCGGGUACCCCUCUUAUUCACGGCGACAUCAAACCAGCAAACAUUCUCCUAGACACAUGCCUAAUGCCGAAGAUAGGGGACUUCGGGCUCGCUAGAAAAGGACCGUACGGAGACGACAGGACCCAUGUCAAAGUUUCCAAGGUAUUCGGCACAAAACCGUACCUUCCCGACGAGUACCUUCGCGACCGUUCCCUAUCCCCAGCAGUGGACGUGUUCAGCUAUGGAGUAGUCGUGGUUGAGAUGGCCACUGCCCUCCCGGCCAACGAUAAAACUAGGCCAGAACAAUUCCUCAGCAUGUACAUACAUCAAUUGUACAAUAGGGGGCUUGAUAUGGCUACAUUAGAAGAUCCGGUGUUACUUGGAACCAACCAGUCGAACCCCGCAAUAGUUCUAUGCUACAUACUUACUGCAGCGAUUGCAGUGACUUUGGUGACUGCAACGACGGAAGACAGUCCUGAAGCAGAGAUGAGGAAGUUGCCAGAAGACUUGAAAAUGGGGGUAGCUACUGCUUCCUUCCAGAUUGAAGGAGGUUGGAACGCUGCAGAUAAAUCGGAAAGCAUUUGGGACACAUUUUGUCGAAUCCCAGGUAAUAUCAAGGAUGGUACAGAUGGCAACGACACAUGCAAAUCCUACGAGUUCUACCAAAGAGACAUAGAAAUGCUCAAGUUCCUUGGAGUGGAUUUCUACAGAUUUUCCAUUUCGUGGCCAAGAGUUCUACCAAACGGCUUCGCAAACAAAAUCAGCGAAGUUGGCAUCGGGUACUACAGCAGAUUAGUGGAUGAGCUAUUGGCGAAUGGGAUCGAACCAGUUGUCACCAUUUAUCAUUGGGAUUUGCCACAAAACUUGCAAGACUUGGGAGGUUGGGCCAAUCCUCUAAUAGCAGAUUGGUUCGAAGAUUACGCUCGAGUUCUGUUUGAUGCGUUAGGCGAUCGAGUCAAGACGUGGGUGACUAUAAAUGAACCAAAACAAUUCGCUAUAUUCGGCUACGGUAUGACACUAUGCGCGCCCAAUAUUGUUUCGCCUGGAAUCGGAGACUACAUGGCCAUCAAGAAUUUGCUGAUCGCACACGCUAGGGUUUGGCAUAUGUAUGAUAAGGAGUACAGACCCACUCAGAAAGGUACUUGUGGUAUUAUUAUAGCAACAGAUUACCGUGAAGGUGCCUCGGAUUCUCCAGAGGACAUAGAAGCAGGAAAGGUUGCUUUAGAUUUCGAAGUUAGUUUCUACAGCCACCCAAUAUUCUCCACGACUGGCGGAUUCCCUGAGAGGGUUGUGAAACGUGUCGCGGAAAGGAGUGCACAACAAGGCUUUCCAAGAAGUAGAUUACCAGAGUUCACGCCAGAAGAGAUUGAAUACGUUAAAGGCACGAGUGACUUCUUCGGCUUCAAUCACUAUUCCACCUUGUUUUACUCAACGGAUUCAUAUAAACCAGGAAUGUAUGAGAUUCCUUCAUAUAAUGAUGAUCUUGGAGCUGUCGGUACUUACGGAAGUUAUGCCACUACUUCUGUACCUCAUACUACGAAAAUCCCCAUGGGCAUAAGAAAAGCCUUGAACUGGGUCAAAGACAGCUAUAACAAUCCAGAAGUAAUGAUUUUCGAAAAUGGAUUUGGAGAUUUAGGCGGGAAAAAUGAUAUUGACAGAAUUGAUUAUUACAUAGCGUAUUUGGACGCCAUAUUGGAUGCUAUUGAAGUGGACGGGUGUAAUAUUACCAGAUACACCGCUUGGAGUCUUAUGGACAACUUUGAAUGGAUGUCUGGAUUAAGAGUUCUACAUUAUAUACUCGCUGCAGCUUUUGUGACGACGUCGGUUGCGGACAUUUCUGCAGUAAAAAUGAGGAAGUUGCCAGAAGACGUGAGGCUAGGAGUAGCUACUGCGUCUUUCCAGAUUGAAGGAGGUUGGAACGCUGCAGACAAGUCUCCAAGCAUUUGGGAUACUUAUUCUCAUACCCCUGGUAAAAUUAAGGAUGGUACAGAUGGCAACGACACAUGCAAGUCCUACGAGUUCUACCAAAGAGACAUAGAAAUGCUUAAGUUCCUUGGAGUCGACUUCUACAGAUUUUCUAUUUCAUGGCCAAGGGUUUUGCCAACUGGUUUCGCAAACAAAAUCAGUGAAGAAGGCAUUGGAUAUUAUAGUAGAUUGGUGGAUGAGCUGUUGGCCAAUGGUAUUGAACCAGUAGUCACAAUGUUCCAUUGGGAUUUGCCACAAAGUUUGCAAGACUUGGGAGGUUGGGCCAAUCCUCUCAUAGCUGACUGGUUUGAAGAUUACGCUCGCGUAUUGUACGACGCACUAGGAGACCGAGUGAAAACCUGGAUAACGUUGAAUGAACCGAAACAGAUGAUAAUAUUUGGUUAUGGAACGGACCGGUUCGCUCCUAAUAUUGUUUCUCCUGGUAUUGGUGAUUAUAUUGCGGUGAAAAAUGCUUUGCUAGCCCAUGCUAAGGCCUGGCAUUUGUAUGAUAAAGAGUACAGGGAAAAACAAAAAGGUACUUGCGGCAUAACAAUAGCAACAGACUUCCGUGAGGGUCUGUCAGAUUCCGCCGAGGAUGUGGAACUAGGAUACUUGGCGAUGGACUUCGAAGUUGGUUUCUACAGCCACCCGAUAUUCUCUUCGACUGGUGGAUUUCCUGAGAGGCUGAUCAAACGUAUUGCAGAAAAGAGCGCUGAACAAGGCUUUCCCAAAAGCAGACUGCCAGAAUUGUCUCAGGAGGAAAUUGAUUUUAUCAGAGGUACCAGUGACUUCUACGGGUUCAAUCACUACUCCACAAAAUUUUACACAGCAGAUGGAUACACAAAAGGAAUGUACUCGAUCCCAUCAUAUGAUGACGACAUCGGAGCAGUGACCAGCUACAAGGAUUAUGAUCCAGCACCCACUAUUCAUACUACGAAAAUUCCAAAUGGCAUCAGAAAAGCUCUGAACUGGGUGAAAGAUAAUUACAACAAUCCAACAGUGCUAAUCACAGAAAAUGGCUACGGUACUUUUGGCGGGAACAAUGACAUUGACAGAAUUGAUUAUUACAAAGCGUACUUGAACGCCAUAUUGGAUGCUAUUGAAGUGGACGGCUGUAAGGUGGCUACAUACACUGCUUGGAGUCUCAUGGACAACUUUGAAUGGGACUCUGGCUUAAGCGCAAAAUUCGGUCUAUUCGAGGUUGACUUCGAUGAUGAGCAAAGAACACGAAAAGCAAGACUAUCAGCUCUAUGGUACAAAAACUUUAUCGCCCAGAGAUCUUUGGACCCAGACAAUACGCCACAGUUUGAAGAAGUACGGUUUUAAUACGAAAAUGACUAAACAAUUUAUUUGUAAUUAGUUAUGAAAUGUACUUAAUAUUUUUAUAAAAGGAAAUUAAACUAAGAUUUUUCUGAAAUA